CCAAGCAUAAAUACCGAUCCAAAGGCAAAAAGAAGACAUUGGGACCCUUUUGAGAUGGGUGAAGCCAUCACUGCUGAGAGGGCAAAUGAAAUGGGAACUCUUAAAUUCUAAAAAUGUUUGUAGUGUAUGUCACUCUACUCUGCAAACUUUAAGCAAUAGAAACCCCCCGUACUCCGGUGAUCACGCAGAACUUGUUCCAUGCGUGUUUAUCGAGGCAGAAAAGCUUAAUUUGUAAGUCCUGUGCCAUGUAUUUUUCACGAGCAUUGGGUUUGAACAAAUGAAAUGUCACAGCUUUUUAUGAACUAUUAGAAGAGGUUUACAAUAAACAGCACUAUCCACCAGAUCGCUCAUAUAACAUUGAUGAGACAGCUUUUGAGUAUUGUGCAAAGGAGACCUUACCAAGUAAUCGCAAAAAAAGGAACAUUUCAAGAUGCAGCCCUUACAUUGCCGAAAGAUGUUCAGCUAUCACAUUCAUAGCUUGUAUGAGUGCAUCAGGAUACUGUAGUCCUAUUAUAUUAUUUUUCCCAGGUUUAGAAUGUCAGACUGGUUGAUAAAAGGAGCUUCUCCUGUACGUAUUGGCUGAGCCCACUCAUUUGGUUGGGUUCAGAAUCACAAAUUUCCAGAAUGGUCUGACUACUUCAUCAAAAUGGAAUUUUUGAUUAUAAUAACAGACAAGUGAAGAUGGAUCAUACGGGAAAGAAAAAUUCUGGUUUAAGAUUGAAAUACUCAUGUAAGUUUCCUGGCUGUAGAAGUGGUUAUUUUUCAAAUAUAAACACGAACAUAAAACAUCAAAAUAGACAUUUUUACAAAUUUCCAGCUCCAUCAAAGAGUGAGCUGCUAAAACAGUGGAAACUAAUUUGUAAUAUAGCUGAAGACAUUGACUGUGGUUCUUAUUCUGUGUGUGAAAAUCAUUUUUUCCAAGCCGAUUUUGUAAACUUCUCUCGGCAUAGGUUAAAUCGUGGGGUUAUUCCGAAGCAUACGGAAUUGGUGGUAUACCACACGGAAACUACAGUGACUGGAGAGGCAUCUGUCAUUUUGCUGCCUAUUAAAAGAGAAAAUGAUGAGGAAACUGCUUCUCAUGAAACUGCUCCCCAGAAAACACAGUUAAAAACUAAAUUACAGGUCCUCGUAAAUCGCAUUGAUUCGUUGGAUAUGGAAACAGUGGGUACACUGGAAAAAGAAGUGGACCAUUGGCUGUCACACACUAAUUCUGGUUUCAGUAGGGAAGGUGCACAUUGUGCUAGCAAAGGAAAAGUGAAAGUGCAGGAAAUACCUGAUCAGAUUAAAAUCCAUAUAAAAAGCAUUAUAAGAAAACCAACUCUUGCUGAGAAGUCUAUUGUUGCAGAUCUAAUGAUGCAAUCUGACAAUGAUGUGUUGACUGUGCGUGUUGAUUCUGACCACACAUACUGUACCAGUUGUUCUGAUCACACAUACUGUAAUAGUUGUUCUGAUCACACUUAUUGUAUAAAUAAAAACUGACUUUAUCUGUCCUCAAUUCUUGUGCAUGCAUGUGUGUCUAUCAUGGUUUAUAGGCCUACUGGGGAAACUCGCCAUUUUUUCUUAUAGUGUUGUGGAAAUUGAAUCAUCUUAAUAAAGAAAAUUCAGCGUGUA